GACUGCAGCAGCGCCGGCUCCCUCCCCGUCCCCGCCUCGGCCCCGGGCUCCGUUGCGGCUCGGGGACGCUCUUUCCGCCAAGACCGUCAUAGGACCCCCCCUCCCUCCUCCGCCCCUCCUCCCUGCCUCGGGGGACCCAGGCUCGCCAGCGCCCAGCCAGGGAGCCGGCCGGGAAGCGCGAUGGGGGCACCCACCGCCCUGCCCCUGCUACUGCUGCUCGCCUGCUGCUGUGCGCCCGGCGGGGCCAACCUCUCCCAGGACGAAAGUCAGCCCUGGACAAAUGAUAUGACAGUAGUGGCUGGUGAUACCGUACAACUCAAGUGCCAAGUGAAAGACCCAGAUUCCUCAUCCCUACAGUGGUCGAACCCUGCUCAGCAGACUCUCUACUUUGGGGAGAAGAGAGCACUCCGAGACAAUAGGAUCCAGUUGGUGCGCUCCACCCCUAAUGAACUGACCAUCAGUAUCAGCAAGGUGGCCCUGGCAGAUGAGGGCGAGUAUACCUGUUCCAUCUUCACCAUGCCUGUGCGCACAGCCAAGUCUCUCGUCACUGUGCUUGGAAUCCCACAGAAGCCCCAAAUCACUGGCUAUGUGUCUGCAAUCCCGGAGAAGGGGAAAGCCCGCCUUACCUGUCUGUCGAAAGGGAGCAAGCCUGCUGCAGAGAUAAGCUGGAAGAAGGGUGACCAGGAACUCAAGGGGAAACCAAAUAUGGUUCAGGAGGAUGACAACAAAACAUUUACAGUGAGCAGUUCAGUGGAAUUCCAGGUUUCCCGGGAAGAUGAUGGAGUUGAUGUCACGUGCUCUGUAAAGCAUAAGUCUCUGCAAGACAUGGACAGGUCCACAUCUCAGCGGAUUGAGGUCCUUUACACACCAACAGCAAUGAUUAGGCCAUAUCCCCAACAUCCUCGAGAAGGCGAGAAAUUGAUGCUGCAGUGUGAAGGUCACGGCAAUCCCAUCCCCCAGCAGUACGAGUGGGUGAAGACGGGCAUCGAGCCUCCACUGCUGAUGACCCAUGAGAGUGCCCUGAUCUUUCCAUUUCUCAACAAGAGUGACAGCGGUGUCUACCAAUGUACAGCCUCAAACAACAUGGGCAGCCACAUAGCCUACUACACCCUUGACGUCAGUGACCACAGCCCAGUGAUCUCAACUUCCAGCACCUACCAUGCUGUCAUUGGGGGGAUUGUGGCCUUCAUCGUCUUCCUGCUGCUCAUCCUGCUCAUCAUCCUAGGCCACUACCUGAUCCGGCACAAAGGGACGUACCUGACACAUGAGGCCAAAGGCUCAGAUGACGCACCAGACGCGGACACGGCCAUCAUCAAUGCAGAGGGCGGGCAGUCAGGCGGGGAUGACAAGAAGGAAUACUUCAUCUAGGGGUGUCUGCCCGUCCAUCAUGGCCCCCCCUCUGGGGGCGGCCUCACCCCAGGGCCUGCCGGGGCCGAGGCACCAACCCGGACUUGUACAGAGCGACCCCAGGGCCGCCCCCUCCCGCUUGCUCCCCAGCCCAGCCCGCCCCCCCUGUACAGAAUGUCUGCUUUGGGCGAGGUUUUGUACUCGGUUUGGAAUGGGGAGGGGUGGGGCGGGAGGGGAAGAGAGGGUUGCCCUCGGCCCUUUCUGUGGCUUCUCUGCGUUUGGGUUUAUUUUUUAUUUUUCACAAUCCCAGAAUCAAAUCCGUGUCCAGGCCGGAGGGGGCAGGGGCCCUUUGGGUGGGGGAGAGCAGAAACUGAAGAGGAAAGGAAGAAGAGAGGAAAAAUGAAGGAGCAAAGAAGAGAGGGGACUGAAGAAAGGAGAGAUUAGGGUUGGUCCACUCCGGAGGACUCUCCAUCCCCUGGAACAAAGUAAUUUUCCCAGUCUAAUAUGACAGGAGCCUCGUCUCCAGAAAUGGGGCAGGGCAUGCUAUCUUGGGCUCCAGGUAAGGAGGUAGCUAGGCACCAGCUGGGCAGGAAUGAGAAGCAGUGGGCUCUGGGACCUUUGAGUUCUCAGGGGUAUUGCCAUCAUGGUACAGGAGAGGUCUGCCUUGCUACUUUAUCUUGGACCAAUUCCCCCAUCCCUACCCUCACCCUCUUACAGGGAAGGGAAGGGGCUGGGGACUAGGAACAGAUACUAGAGAAGGUGACCAGUUAGUGAGGCAAGGGUACAGUGCUUCAGACUGGAGUGGAAGCCAAGACCUGCAGAAAGGGAGAAGUCUUGUAGUGAAAGAGCAGCUGAGGCUGACUUGCCACUCCCUUCCCCCCCCCACCUCCACUAAGAUUUAUAUAAUACCGCAUCCCCUCUUUCCCCCUAUCCCCUUCUUCAGAAGCAGCACAGCCAGAGGAUCAGGGCAUGAUUGGGAGAAAGGAAUGGGGCAGGCCAGGAAAGGACAGCAGGGCAAGACUGUCUCCUUCUUUUGUGUUUGCAGUAGGAGAGGAAUUGCCCUGGGGCUCAAACUUAGCCUGCUUUCUCCGGACAAAGGGGCCCCAAACUCCUCUCCAAGGCACUGAGCUGUUGCAUGGCAACCCCCUCCAAGGCAUUACAAAACAACCAGCCCUCCCUUCCUAUGCCAUCCCAUGCCAAAGCCCCUUACCCCCAGCAGACACAUAGAACAACAGCAUUUGCAAACAAAAAACCUAGAAGGAUCUUAACUGCAUGGAGCUGUUUCAAGACAAAGAGAGUUUGGGAGGCCCGGGGGUAGAUGGUAACUGUGGGAAGGCAUACAUAAGGGCUUUGGGAGGUUAGGGUACAUACCUCAUCCUGGGCUGAUACCCCGUCCUAGUCUUAACCAUGCCGCCACCCCCCCAGUGCCCAUCUGCCUCAAACAGAGGAAUCUCAGGGUGGGUCUCUGCUCAGCACCUCCCCCUCUUCCAUCACCCCAACCCUAGAGGACACACACACACACACACACACACACACACACACACACACACACACUUUCUCACCCCUCUUCUGCCACUAAGUCUGUGCCACAGUCCUUGCUAUGCACACCCCAGGCUUCUCCUGGAUACCUACCCUCUAAUACCCUUACAACCCAUUCCCUUGCCCCCUACCCCCACCCCUAGACUGCUCAGUGGAUUGAUGGGCCAGGAGGGUUGGGGAUGAGGUCUCCUGCCUUUGCAUCCCCACCCUUUUUUCUCAUCAUCCAUUUUGCCUCCUUGGCCCUGAGCUGGUUGCUAUGGAAACAAGGCCUGCUCACCACCCUCCCCACCCCUAUCCCACCCUGCUCAGUCCCACUGCUUUAGGGCUCCUGGCCUGCCCCCAACUCAGGCCCAGGGCUCCUUUUGGCACUCCCCUUACUCUUCUCCCAGCCUAUGCCAGCUGCCCCAAUAAGAAUGGUGGGGAGGAGGGGCAUUUGCAACCUGGCAAGGAAACCCACUUCUCUCCUUCCCUGCCAAAGUGUACUCCCUUCAGUUCAGGUAAUGCCUUUCUGAAUCUUCCCAAUGCUGGGCACAGCAGGCAGCCCCACACCCAGACCAGGGGCCCAAUCCCCCUCCAACAGAAAGGGACCCUGGGACCCCAGCCUUGCUGGGCUCUCCAUCCCUGGCAUCCCCUUUCAGGACAAACAACUCUAACUCUUUCGAGCUGAACCACUCUGUCCAUAUACACAGAAGCCAUAUUUGUACGGGGGGGCGGGGGAGGGGGGGCCUGUCGUGCUGUGUGUGUCUGUCUAGGGAGGUGGGAGGGGAAGGGAUGGGAUGGGAGGGGAUCGUGUAUCUUUAUAACCUUUCUAAUUCUCCUGUGCUAAUCUCAGAGGGGCUACCCCUCAAUAUAUCUGGAUUAUCCGUGUCA